CGGACCCCGCCGUCAGUCGCCGCCCGACACUGGCCGCCGAGCGUCGCGCCCUUAGCGCCUUUGCCACCCGCGCUCUUUCUCAUACCGGGUUUUAGUUUCGUACCACGAUGACAUAGCCCCAGUGCCGUGACACGAGACUACGUGAAAGCGCACACAAUUUUAAGUUUUUUCGUUAGAACGAGGAAACCGUAAAAGGUCCCCCGUUGUUACAGAACUAGCGACGAACCACCCCACUCCGUUGAGGGACAGAGGCGAGACCAAGAGGCGGCUACCUCCUUUUUAUCCGCCUUUUUCAUAAAGACUAGCGAAAAUGGGCGAGCAUGGCCGUACCGACUCGUACCGCGUCGCAACCAUCGGCCCCAUUAAGGACGAUAAUAGAACCGCUGACGGACAGUACAAGACACGCCGAAAACCCCCCGCGAAAAAACGGAAAACAGGAGAUUUAGAUGAUCUGAAACAGGAGUUGGACAUUGACUACCACAAAGUAACACCCGAGGAACUAUACCAAAGAUUUCAGACACAUCCCGAAAAUGGCCUUAGUCACGCAAAAGCGAAAGAAAACCUCGAAAGGGACGGUCCAAAUGCGCUUACACCACCAAAACAGACACCCGAAUGGGUGAAGUUUUGUAAAAAUCUGUUCGGCGGUUUCGCGUUAUUACUUUGGAUUGGUGCUAUUCUAUGCUUUAUUGCCUACGGAAUUCAGGCUAGUACCGUAGAGGAACCAGCGGACGACAACUUGUACCUCGGCAUUGUAUUGGCGGCUGUAGUAAUUGUGACGGGCAUCUUCUCAUACUACCAAGAAAGCAAGUCAUCAAAGAUCAUGGAAUCGUUCAAGAACAUGGUGCCACAGUUCGCUACUGUCAUACGUGAAGGCGAGAAGUUGACGCUGCGUGCUGAAGAUCUUGUGCUUGGUGAUAUUGUUGAGGUGAAAUUUGGUGAUCGUAUCCCGGCUGAUGUCCGCAUUAUCGAGGCGCGUGGCUUCAAAGUAGACAAUUCAAGUUUGACCGGCGAAUCGGAGCCUCAGUCCCGCGGAGCUGAAUUCACUAAUGAGAACCCAUUGGAGACUAAGAACUUGGCAUUUUUCUCUACCAACGCUGUUGAAGGUACCGCUAAGGGCAUCGUUAUCUGCUGUGGAGACAAUACUGUUAUGGGCCGUAUCGCCGGCUUAGCUUCUGGCUUGGACACUGGAGAAACGCCAAUUGCAAAAGAGAUUCACCACUUCAUCCAUUUGAUCACUGGUGUAGCUGUGUUCCUUGGCGUUACGUUCUUCGUCAUUGCCUUCAUUCUCGGUUACCACUGGCUCGAUGCUGUCAUUUUCCUUAUUGGUAUCAUUGUAGCCAAUGUACCCGAAGGUUUACUCGCCACUGUGACCGUAUGUCUGACCUUGACUGCCAAACGAAUGGCUUCCAAGAACUGCCUGGUAAAGAAUUUGGAAGCUGUAGAGACGCUCGGCUCUACAUCAACUAUCUGCUCUGACAAGACCGGCACCCUCACCCAGAACAGAAUGACGGUAGCUCAUAUGUGGUUUGAUAACCAAAUCAUUGAAGCUGACACUACUGAGGACCAAUCUGGAGUACAAUAUGACCGCACCAGCCCCGGAUUCAAGGCACUCGCCAAAAUCGCAACCCUCUGCAACCGCGCUGAGUUCAAGGGUGGUCAGGAUGGCGUGCCUAUCUUGAAAAAGGAAGUCGCUGGCGAUGCUUCUGAAGCUGCACUGCUCAAGUGCAUGGAACUGGCUCUCGGUGACGUUUUGUCUAUCAGGAAACGUAAUAAGAAAGUAUGCGAAAUUCCCUUCAACUCGACCAACAAAUACCAGGUCUCUGUUCACGAAAGUGAUGAUGCAAGCGAUCCUCGCCAUCAGCUAGUGAUGAAGGGCGCUCCUGAAAGAAUUCUGGAACGCUGCAGCACUAUCUUCAUUGGUGGCAAGGAAAAGGUCUUAGACGAAGAAAUGAAGGAGGCAUUCAACAACGCAUAUCUCGAACUUGGCGGUCUUGGCGAGCGUGUACUCGGUUUCUGCGAUCUGCAGCUGCCUUCAGACAAGUAUCCCAUCGGUUACAAAUUCAACACGGAUGACCCUAACUUCCCCUUGGACAAUCUGCGUUUCGUCGGCCUGAUGAGUAUGAUUGACCCUCCCCGCGCUGCUGUGCCUGAUGCCGUUGCUAAAUGUCGAUCAGCUGGUAUUAAAGUUAUCAUGGUCACUGGCGAUCAUCCUAUCACAGCUAAGGCUAUUGCGAAGUCCGUCGGUAUCAUCUCAGAAGGCAACGAGACUGUUGAAGAUAUCGCCGCCCGACUGAACAUCCCGGUAUCGGAAGUGAAUCCCCGCGAAGCUAAAGCCGCUGUAGUCCACGGAACUGAACUUAGGGAGUUGAACUCUGAUCAGUUGGAUGAAAUUCUCAAGUAUCACACUGAGAUCGUAUUCGCCCGCACAUCACCACAACAGAAGUUGAUCAUCGUAGAGGGUUGCCAACGUCUCGGCGCUAUAGUGGCUGUCACCGGCGAUGGCGUUAACGACUCUCCCGCUCUGAAAAAGGCUGACAUCGGCGUGGCCAUGGGUAUCGCUGGCUCUGACGUAUCUAAACAGGCCGCCGACAUGAUUCUUCUGGAUGAUAACUUCGCGUCUAUUGUCACUGGCGUUGAAGAAGGCCGCCUGAUCUUCGACAACCUGAAGAAAUCCAUCGCGUACACCCUCACGUCCAACAUCCCUGAGAUCUCGCCCUUCCUCGCCUUUAUCCUGUGUGACAUUCCCUUACCACUUGGCACUGUUACCAUCCUUUGCAUCGAUCUUGGAACUGACAUGGUGCCCGCCAUUUCCCUGGCCUACGAGGAGGCCGAAUCUGACAUAAUGAAGCGACAGCCGCGUAAUCCUUUCACUGAUAAACUCGUUAACGAGAGGCUUAUCUCGAUGGCCUAUGGGCAAAUCGGUAUGAUCCAAGCCGCCGCCGGCUUCUUCGUCUACUUCGUGAUAAUGGCUGAGAACGGUUUCCUGCCGCUUAAACUGUUCGGCAUCAGGAAGCAAUGGGACUCGAAGGCAAUCAACGACUUGACCGACUCCUAUGGACAGGAAUGGACUUACCGGGACCGAAAAGCCCUCGAGUUCACGUGCCACACCGCUUUCUUCGUGUCGAUCGUCGUGGUGCAGUGGGCCGAUCUGAUAAUAUGCAAGACCCGACGCAAUUCCAUCAUCCACCAAGGCAUGCGCAACUGGGCACUUAACUUUGGCCUUAUCUUUGAAACCGCUCUGGCCGCCUUCCUGUCCUAUACACCUGGAAUGGACAAAGGCCUCAGGAUGUAUCCACUCAAGUUCGUGUGGUGGUUGCCCGCUAUUCCGUUCAUGCUUUCCAUCUUUAUCUACGACGAGAUCCGGCGCUUUUACCUGCGCCGCAACCCGGGCGGAUGGCUCGAACAAGAGACUUACUAUUAAACACCACCGACCACUGUCCACACCGUCGUGCAUCACUUAGUUACUGCGUACAUAACUACUUCAUUUGUGUUCUCAUGCCCACAGAGCACAUAACCCCUAGAGGUGGCGCGCGGGCGGAUGCUUUAGUUAUACUGUACAAUAUAUGCAUGCAAACAUAACUAGGUGAUGCGUGAACGAUUGUGUCGGUCUCCCGGGACAUCAACUGACGAGCGGCCACGCUGCGUCGUGGUCGGCCGCCCGCCGACUCGCCAAUAUUAACUAGUAUAAUUAAAUUACGUGCGGUACUGGCAUGGGUAAUUCGCUGUUAGGCGGUAUUGAAUCGUAUGUGUAUUGAUUUUGAGUAGCAAAUAUCCAAAGUGUACAUUUCAAUAUCUAUAUAUUGGCGACAUCCGUUGAUAUCUAUGCUCGAGUGCCCCGCACAUAGCGCUAGAUGUCGGAUGUUGCCUCUUUGCAUGAAUAUUGUAAAUGUAUACGGUAAGUGUCGGCCGUGAGUGCGGUUCGCGGCCACUCGCUAGGGGUAUGUGGUCUGUGCUCGUACCUGGCGCCAGAGCGGCAGAGGUUGCGAUGCCGUUCCGGUAUAUGUGUAAUCGCUGUCGUGUACGCUUCUCACCGCUUGUUACCGCAUCGCUCCGCACGGGGCACGUGUGUAUGUUGUGUGACGUGCGCGUCCCGCGACACGUGGCCGGGCCUCGCCCGCGGAUUCACCAGUAUUGUUUUUAUGAACUAUGUAUGUAUAUAUGCACAGUGGAGAAUGAUGGAUAUAUGUGAUGAUAAAAAAGAUAUUAUACACAACAUUAUUUUUAAAUCAUGAAUCAUGUUAUUUUUGUAUUAAAAUUGUUUAAAAUGUAACUUGAGUAUCUCGAAUGACUCGUGACAAGUUUAUGAAUCUCAUGGAGUAUGUUGAAUCUCUGGUUACGUUCGGCGGAUGUCUCGCGGGGUGCGCGGCCGCGGCUCAGACAGUCGACUGCAGCUGGCAGCUCACCGUUACCACCACCACCACCACCACCACACUACACCACCACACACAUAGUAAGCCCCGGUGAUUGACACUCAUGACAUUAUAACAUAGAAUAAAUAAUACUAAUUAAAAAUUUGUUUUUCACAUACUUAUGUAAUAAGUAAUAAAUGAUCGUUUAGCGGUAGUUUAUCGUUCGUGACUCGGGUGGGCAAAAGUAUGACGCCCGCCGCGCACCGUGCUCGGCGGCCAACGAAAAGCAUUUGUUGUAAAAUUAACAGUUAAGAAGCCAUUAUUAUUAUUAUUGUAUUUUAAGUAAAUUAGAUUAAGUUGAAUUUUUCGAGUGAAUAAUGUUUAGUUGAUGAUUCGAUCGGGUGCAUGGUGUAUGAGAGGUCGAUGUGGAGUGCCUGAGUUUUAGUGUACUACUGCUUACUGUUAGGUAGGUAGUUGAAAUUUUGAUGCCGUAUUUUCAAUUGUAAACGUAGAUAAAUAAAGCAUACACAGACGCGAACGCUUAGAGGUGGGACCCCGGCGUAGUGUUCGCCGCGGCCCGUACACGUUCAUACAGCACUGCCGUCGACUAUUGUUCGUUUGUCUCUAUAUCUGGUCUUUGUGGUCAGUCCCGGCCCACAGCUAGAAAACAGUCCAGAGGGAAAACUAAUUAACAGCAAAUGUAAAGCCAUUAUUCCAUGAAUGAGUGAGUAUGGAAAGCGUUAUUAAUUUCUUGACAUGGUUUUAACACUGAAGAUUCGGUAUUAUGGAACCACGAUAUUAUAUUUAAUUAUCAAGAUAUUGUUAUUUAAUGAGGAUCUUCGCGGAUCGUUUUGUAAUCUGAAAUUACAUUAUUCAUAUUUUUGGGAUUUUAAAUGUGUCAUUAAUAUAUUUUAUUUUUGUUAUGGUGAAUAGUAAUUCACUUAUCAAAUUAAGCAAGGUUCUAGGCGCAAAUCUGUGAACGAGUGUGUUUGGAGUAUGGUUUGACGGCUUUGCUUAGCGUUCCCUCGUGGCUGAUUUAGUUCGUGGGUCUUCGGCUGAGUGUUCGCUGGCGGCGCUGGAUGCAGCGCUGGCGGCGCUCAGUGGUCUCGCGAGCCGAGUCACGCGACACCGCGCUCGGACACGAUGCUUUUCUUUUAUAAAAAGAAUAAUCAGAUUAUUAGCGAAUUUCGUCAAAUUUAUUAAAAUAGGCUGCUCAUGAUAAUUACGUAAGAUUUUAUUUCUUAAUUAAAAGAUAAUAACAAAAUGUAGGAAAGCGUAAUUAGAAAUUUUUAAAAUUAUACAGUUAUUAUAGAGUCAUCUUGUUUUAAUCACCACUUGGCUCUUCUACGAGAGCGGUCGUAGUUAGGAAUAGUAUGUGAAGAUAGAAUGGGACAGUCUCAAAGUGACGUUUUAAAAAAAACGCCGAGAUAUAAAUGCUGGAUAAAGCGAUCUAUGAUUCCAAGAAUCUGGAUCUCUUUGUCAUACCUAUCAUUGUGAAAGAAAUUGUAAUUUACAUCUGGUUACAAUAGAUAAGAUUUUAUGAGUUAUUGUUUGAAAUAAAACUACAUAUACCUACUUCAACAUGUAACAUCUUUAAAAAAUGUACGCGCUUAAUCGCCUGAAAGCAUACUUUUCUCUGGGGUUAGUUUGCUAUUUUAUGUGAAAUAUCACAUAUCGUUGUUGGCCAAACGGAUGGACGGGACGAGGCUGGACCGACCGGACGGGCGGGACGAGCCGGACGAGCCGGACGGCACGGACGGGGGCGUGGGUAGGGGUGCCGCCAUUGCGGCGCCACCGGCCGGAUAGAAGGACCAAGUGGAGAGAUUCAUUUCAAUUUUUCGUAACGAAUACAUAUAACAUUAUAAUAAUGGUUACAAAAGUAAAAUAUAACAUUAUAGCGACUAAUAAAUCUAAAUUAUAUGAAAUGUUUAUAGAUUUAAAUGAAGUUCGUUUCUUUAGGGUGACCUUCUGUGCUUGUUUGAUGAGAAUGAUGUACAUCUCACUGACAAUAGUCGUUCAUGAUAUAUUAUUGUAAUGAUCCGAUCUUUGUAAGCGGUUUGUUUAACGUACACUGUAGAACUAACAUUGUUUUGCGUUCGACAGUUCUUUACACCGAUUCAUUUUAUAGUAUUACUCUGUUGGCUAGGAGCGCUGUAAAAAUGUAAGUGUUAAUAAAAAAAACAUUUUCAAAAUAUUA